AUGAAACAAGAAUAUUAUCAGGGCCAUAAUGUAAAAACAAACAAAAAAAAAUUCAGCAUAGGCGCGCGCAAUAAAGGCGAGCGACCGGCACCACCACCUCGGUCCUUCCUUCGCCUGUUCCUUCCACCUGUCUUCCUUCCUUCCUUCUCACCACGUUCCAAAACCACACGCUCCCCCGUAAAACCCACCCCGACCCCGACCCUCGCAGCAGUCGCGGCCAUGGCGGCCGCCGCCGGCGCAGAGCUGGAGAUGGAGCGGCGGGUGAUGGCGGCCGUGAAGGCGUCCGCGGCGCGCGGCGACCCCCCGCUCCUGCAGGCCGCAGAGGCCGCGCGCUGCGCCCGGGAAGCGGAGCCGUCGUCGUCGUCCCGCGGGGACGGGUCUGGGGCUGGGGCCGGGGGCGUGCUCGCGGCGGCGCUGGUGUCCAACCUGUGCUUCGCGCAUAACACGGGCGCGAUGUGGAAGGUGCUGGACCAGGCUAUGGCGUCCCGCCUCGUCUCCCCGCUCCUCACCCUCGCGCUGCUCACCCCGAGGGUGGUGCCCAACCGACGGGCGCAGCCGGAGGCGUACAGGCUCUACCUCGAGCUGCUCGCGCAGUACACGGUAUCAUCGUGCACGGAGCGCGCGGAGACGAAGGCCAUGUUAGUCAAGUCUAUUGAUGAUGCUUUGCAUCUUUCAGAUAGCUAUGGGGUUCAGAAAAUGGAUUUUGGACAUACAGUUGUUUUGUUUGUGUUAAGUAUUAUCAAAAUAUUGACUGACUGUAUUCUGGAAGAUUGUGGUUUGCCAAGUAUUGCUAGUGAGGGACAUGACAUUUCAUAUGCUAUUGGAUCAGAGAAAAAUAUGAAUUUAGAUGGCACAGGAAGUUCACUUGGCAGGAGAGAUGAGCACCGUGAAUGUCUAAGGAGGAAGAACACAAUUAUGACUUUAGAAGUAGUUGAGAAGAUCACUGCUAACAAAAAUACUCAAGUUUUUCUCCGUCUAGUCUAUCGCAACACACCUGAAAAUUUCAGUACUUUGCUCCAGAGGCUUCAGCUUAUUGGUGCCCUUAAGUCAAAGAAUUUUGUAACUGCAAAUAAUCUGCUAGAUAGCUUGAUGACGAAUAUACGGAAAGUUAUUACUUCAGGACAUCAAUUGCACAAGGGCAAUCUAUUGGGAGUUGUUGUUAGUACAAAGCCUUGCAGUUCUGCUUCACGCAGUGUCUUUGGUGCUGGAAAGAGCUCUUGUUGGAUAUCUUUUGACAUGUUUAUGGAGAACGCAAUGGACGGAAGACAACUUGAUACCAUAUCAUCAAUUGAAGCUCUGACAGAACUAUCCAAGACAUUUCAAGUUCUUAAUCGGGCAACCUGGCAAGAAACCUUUCAAGCUCUAUGGAUUUCAGCUUUGCGACUUGUACAACGGGAUCGUGGCAGCCAAGAAGGGCCAUUUCCUCAUUUUCAUUCUCGAUUAUGCAUGUUAUUGGCUAUUGUACCUUUGUCAAUUGCUUCCAUUCUUAAGGAAGAGUCUGACAAGGUAGAAGGUGGAAUGAUAUCUGUUAGAAGAGGAGAACUAUUGUCUUCACUUCAGGUUCUAGGGCAAUUUUUUGGUCUUCUUUCUCCUCCGCCAGCAGUAGUGCCAUCAGCAAAUAGUGCAGCAACGAAAGCAUUAGUUGCUUUAUCUAUUUUGAAGGAUCAGAAUGAGAAUGGUCACAAUUCUUCCCAAGAUAUCUUCUCUAUUAAAGCAGUGGGGAGUAUGCUACAUCUUAUUGUGGAAGCUUGUAUAGCAAGGAAUUUAGUUGAUACAUCUGUUUAUUUUUGGCCUAGCUAUGUUGUUCCAGUUAAAGGCACCUCUGCUGUUGAGGAAUCCCCUUGGUCAGCCUUAAUGGAAGGUUCACCCCUUAUGGGCCUUAAGGAUGCACUUAUGGUUACACCUGCUUCGAGCCUAGCAGAGUUAGAGAAGUUGCAACCUUUUGCGGUAAGUGGGUCAGAUGAGGAAAAGUUGGCGGCUUCUAAAAUUCUGUGUGGAGCAUCCCUUAUUCGUGGCUGGAACAUUCAGGAACAUGUUAUCCAAAUGGUGCUUAAGUUGCUGUCUACAUUGCUUCCCCUACAUUCUGUAUCGGAUGGCUUCUAUAUACAUCAAAUGCCUAUGCUGCAUGCUCUUAUAUCCGGGAUUUCUUCGGUUGACGUGGUUCAUAUUCUCUCAAUGUAUGGCUUGGUUCCAGAACUAGCGGCCAUUCUAAUGCCUUUUUGUGAAAUAUUUGGAUCAUUACCUCUGUCUGAUUAUAGGAGUUGUAGUUUUGAAGAGCCUUCUGUAUACUCAGUAUUCUCAUGUGCUUUCCUGUGUCUUCUUCGCUUGUGGAAAUUUCAUAGACCCCCUUUGGAGUAUGCACUAUCAAAACAUGGAGUCUUUGUUUGCUCAGAGCUCAGUUUGGAUUUUCUUCUGCUACUAAGAAAUAGCCAUUUUGCGUUGAAAAGUCUGUGUGAUGUUAGCAGAAAGAGCAUACUUCAGCUAGAGCCAUCAUUUCAUAAACCGGUGCAUAUUGACUCAUUUCCGAAGCUACGGGCAUGGUACUUCCAGAAUCAGGCUUGCAUAGUCUCUACUCUUUCUAGUUCUUACAAGAGGAAAAGUAUCCUCGAAUUAGCCAAUAAGAUACUGAAAAUUUUCUGCCAUAAAAUGUCAAAAAGUGGCAUCCCUCCUGUCAGUUCCCAAUCAACAUCAAGUUCCAGUACGGCUGGUUCACCUCUAGGUGCACAAGAUGAUGUCUGCCAAGGGCCUUCAGCUACUGCAUGGGAAGUGCUGGAAGCGGUUCCUUUUGUCCUGGAAACUGUUUUAGCUGCCUGCGCACAUGGGAGGCUUUCAUCUCGUGAUUUGAUUACAGGCUUGCGGAAUCUUGCGGAUUUCUUGCCUGCUUCAGUUGCAGCUAUCGUCAGCUAUUUUUCAGCAGAAAUUACUCGUGGCUUAUGGAAGCCAGUUAUGUUGAAUGGGAUUGACUGGCCCAGUCCAGCUGCAACUAUUUCGGCAGUUGAGUCUGAUAUCAAGGAAGCUCUUGCAUCUGCUGGUGUUCAUAUUAACAUCUCUCCACGAGCACGUUCACCUAUCCCAAUGCUUCAAUUACCAAUAGCGACUCUUAUCAGCUUAUCAAUAACUGUUAAAAUGGAGGAAAUUAAUCAUUUACAAGGAAUCAUUUACAAAGGAGUGGAAAUUUGUGCUACAUCAAGUUCAUGGCCUAGCAUGCCAAUCAUAGGGGCAUUGUGGAUACAGAAAGUUCGGCGGUGGCAUGAUUAUAUCAUCUUGUCAUGUUCAGAGACGCCCUUUACCAGAGAUAAAAAUGCAAUUGCUCAACUGAUCAGGAGUUGCUUCUCAUCCUUCCUUGGGCCUUUGGUCGAUGGGCGCUCUUGCUUUGUAGCAGACAGAGGAGUGAAUAGUCUGCUGGGGAAGGCUCACCAAGAAAGAGGUCCCCGGCUUUCUAUAUCCCCAGGAUUACUUUACACUCGAUGCUGCCGGAUGUUUCCUGACAACUAUUUUGUAUGUGAGGAGAUUUUCAAGGUUGUCAUUGAGAGAGCCCAUGCAUUAGCAAAUGAAUGUGACUCUAGUAGGCAUCAUCUUCUGAGGUCUGGUCGGCUGCCGCUAUCUUCUGCCUCAUGUUCUGUAGAGCAGAUAGCAUCACUUGCAGCAUCUAUGCUUUGUCAUGCUGGUGGUAUGAAGUUGAUCCGUCUUCUGUAUGAGCAGAUUCUGCCAACAAUGCUGCUUUCGACUGGUGAAGCGAAGCUGGGUUGUGCCGGACCAGUGUGCAGCAGUUUCGAAGGAUUUGCUUUGGCAUAUGUUCUCCUCGUUUCUGGGGCCAGCAUCUGGGGAGUGGGAGAAACCUCCUCAGUUUAUACUUCACUUUACACAUCGAAGAGGCAAAGGGUUGUAGAUAGGCACUUGGAGUUCAUGGCCAAUGUAAUGGAGGGCAACAUUGAGCUUGGUUGUGGCCAGGUCGCAUGGAGAACCUAUGUUGUCUGUUUUGUGGGCCUGAUGAUUGACUUUGCGCCAACAUGGAUCCCGGAGGUGAAGCUCGAGACGCUGCAGAAGUUGGCGUCUGGGCUUUGGAAGUGGCACGAGCGUGAUCUUGCCCUCUCUUUCCUUGAGCGAGGGGGUCCAAAGGCCAUAUCUACAGUGGUCGAAUAUAUUCAAUGAUAUGCUUUGUGCCAUACAUUUCAGCAUUUGUGCUCUCUUGCUCUAUACAGGCAUACAAAUCUUACAGCUGAUCUGACAUGCUCCCCAUCAGAGAAACGUACGUUAGAGCAGAUCGCUUGCUCUGAACUGGAAGUCUAUACUACAGAAUACAGAAGGGAUAUCCAGCAGUUAGGUGUUUACAGCUACUCACUAAACAACAGGUUCUUAACAGUAUAUUUUACAGGUCAGUUCUUAUUGUGUUGUUACUGAUCUUUGUGCAUGUGUAUAUAAUCCACGGAAUGAUGGGAACAAGAUGCCAUCUGCCAAUAUUCUCUUGGUCGCAAUUUGUAUGCACAAAUGUAACUCAAAUGUCUUAGAAUACAUAUCAAUAGAUCAGUGUGUAUAGAUAGUGCCUCUAUUUGGGCCCCGAGGCCACUGGCACUGAUAGGUAUACGAGCUGUAAGGCCCUUUUCAUUUUUUUUCAGCAUAGUUGCCACUACAAUGACAUUUUUUUGAUAA